CAUUGGCUGUCGGUUCUUCCUUGUCCGAGUUGGCUAUUCCUUUCAAAUGAUGUUCGAAAAAACCGUGUUCGAUUUAUUUGAUUUUAUUACCAUUUGAUUAUUAAUUAGGAAUUAAGAUAGCAAGACUGAAGUUCAAGGUUGGAUCAAGCCAGCUCCACUCGGAUUCGAAUAAUAUCUUCGGAUCCAUGGGAUGUUAAUUAGGCCUAUACCUCUAUAAUCUGAAGAUGAAUACAACGGCCGAAGAAUUAGCGGUUUUCAGUUUAAUUUUCAGGACAGCUAUUAUGAUCACAUUUUUAUUGCUGGCUGUGGUAGGUAACUCGUUGACACUUGUUAUACUCUGCAAAAAGAAAUCACUUCGCACGAAAACGUCUGUGUUUGUUGCCAACCUGGCAGUAGCAGACCUUUUGAGCGGACUUUUGAUUAUGCCCGUUGUAACUGCGGCUUCUAUUGCAAAUGAGUGGCCAUUUGGAGACGCCUUUUGUCAAGUUUCUGCAUUUCUUACUGCGCAAUUAUCCCUAACAAGCGUCACGACUUUGUGUGCUGUAGCAAUAGAGCGAUACCACUCUAUCGUCAAUCCGUUGACUUAUGAAUCAAAAAUGUGCACAAGAAAUGUCAUUAUUCUUGUAACUUGGACUUGGUUUCAGCCAUUUAUUUUUGCAAUUCUACCUAUAUUGGACUGGGGGAGUUAUGUUUACGUUCCGUACGUCUUUGGGUGCAUUACCCCUUGGGGAGAUUGGCCAGCUUUUACAAUAUCAUUGUUCACCGUAUGUUUAUUCAUUCCAUAUACUAUAACUGUAGCGGCAUAUUACCACAUUGGUAGAAUAACUUUUCGACACUUAAGAGAGAUAAGUAAGUACACCCUUACUGGCACAUCAACGCUAGGAUGUGAGCGAUCCCGUCUACUAAGAUUAGAGAUUAAAUCUGCAUUGGUGUUCGCUAUCGUUAUUGGCACAUACACAUUAUGUUGGUUGCCAUGGCAAAUUAUGAUGAUCUGUCAAUUGUUUAGCGUAACUUUACCAAAUGAGUAUCUAACAGCGGCAGCAUGGAUGGCUUUGCUAAAUUCAUCGUGCAAUCCUAUAAUCUACUGCUUAAUGAAUAGACAUUUCAGAAAUGGAUUAAAAAAUUUGUUUGCAGGCAUCGUAUUUCGCUUUAAAAUGAAACUUUAAGACAUGACCAUGAUUCUUUAUAACUUUGUACUGUUUCAAAUACUGAGAACAUUAAUUUCAUAUCGUUAUUUGGACACUUAAUUAUUUAUUUUUAUGCUAAGCAUUUUUAACAGUGGCACUGUUAUAUAUUAUUGUUAUAUACAGUUAUAUAUACAUUUCUGUAAGUACAGCUAUAGUAAGUGGGCCUUCGUGGCUCUAUCUUAAUUCGGCGAGCAUUGUUACGGCUAUGACGUACUUGUGAUUAUUCUUACAGCAGGAUGAAUACACAAAUAGACUUAACCCUGGUUUCCACCGCUAUCGCCGACUUCUUUGGCGACGCUGAGUCAGUUAUAAAGCUUGGUUUCCAUACAAUCGCUCACCCUAUCGGCAACAGUCGGUGGAGGGCAGGGGUGGAUAUCCUCUCAGACCCCACUAACUUUAAAUCAUGUAUCCGUGGAAUGGGGUGGCAAUUUCAAUACCAAAUGUUUUAAGCGCCCCCCCCCCGGUUCCCAAACGGCCGGACCACUUUCAAAAUGCUUCCGACGGCUAUGAGACGAAUCAGGGUGCAUUGCUAGCUACCCCGACUCAUUCGGGAAGGCACCCCGAUUCGUCUGCACUCUGCAACGCAAAUCGGCAAGGUUGAACAAGCUUCCCGACAAAUGUCGGCGACUGUUGCCGAGUUGCCGAUAGGGUGAGCGAUUGUAUGGAAACCGAGCUUUAAGAAGCGUUCCCGAUUGCGUCGGGAACACAUACACAGUGCAAGGGUGCAGUGAAAACGCUGUUAGCGACUGUGUUGCGAUUCAAUGGAAAACAAGCUUCAGUGACGUCGUUAAAGAAAUAACAACACAAUACCACGAUUUGGCUCAGCGGUUGUGGUUCUGCUUCUCAACUUUGGGGUCGGAGGUUCAAUCCCUCGCUGUGCAUUUCGGUUGUGUCCAAGGCACUUCUCCUAUGGUUGCCUCUUUCCACCAAGGAGUACAAGUGGUUAUGAAACUUAAUGCCAAAAAGAAGAAAAAAAACAAAACAAAACAAAACAAAAAAA